CGUCCCUCCCGCCCCCCCCCGGCCGGCAGUCCCUCACGCAUGGCGGGACAGCCCCGCCGGCCGGGCGCCCGCCCCCGGCACCUCUCACCUCGGGAAGCGGAAGGCCUUACGGAGCGCGCCGGGGGAGCGGCGGGGAGCCGUGAGUACCGGCCUCUGCCCCGGUAGUUCGGCCGGGGACGAUGGCGGGUAGGGGCUGCGUCCCCUCGGUGCAGCCCGGCGGCGGGGGGACGGGGCCGGCUGCCGUACGGCGAAGGGUGGCCGCCGAAGGGAGCCGCUGCGGCGCUGCCUCUCUGGAGGAGCGGCCGCGGCUGAGGGGAGCACCUGCGGCGGGAAGCAAAUGGCGGCGGGGCCGGCGGUCGCUCGGCGGAGCCCGCUUCUUCGCCUCGCCUCGCCUCGCCUCGCCUGGCUCGUCGCUGACCCAACAAGCUCGUCAACUGUGGCGCCCGUUUUUUAUCAGAUCAAUGAAAAAAAAACCCCAAACCUCUAAUAAAACCGGAGUACUAAAAUCAAGUUUAGCAAAAUACGCUAAGUGAAAUUGUAUUGGCAAGACUGUAUUGAGUGAGGGGAAAAUACACAGCUUAACUGCACUUCUUCCUUUGGUCUUCUAGGCACCACGGACUGUGAGAAGAAGCUACUCUGACCACCCCAGCUUUUACGUUAAGCCCACGCCAGGGUUUGAACGGCAUCGCUAGCUUCAGGAGAAGCAUGCCUUGCAACUCGCAUCACUUCAGGAGCGUUGCUGCUUUGGAAGGGGCAUGACUGCAUCAUGACUGCCACUAGCAUUUCAUUUCUGUCACAACAGCAGGUUGUACACUUGCCAUGUCCAACUUUAGCAGAUCAAGCAUUCCUUCCGUCUGCUGUCUGGUUAUUUAAAACAUGGUACUCCAGUCAUCAUUAAAGAACUGCCUUCAGCUAUCCUGCAUCCUCAGGACUCCAAAAGCUGGCUUCAGAAGCACAACUAGUGGAGGCCUCAUUAUCCAGUCUGUUUCUAAUGAUGUUUACCAAAAUCUGGCUGUGGAAGACUGGAUCCACGACCACAUGAAUUUAGAGAACCGACAGGUCCUUUUCCUUUGGAGAAAUUCCCCUGCUGUGGUAAUAGGGAGACAUCAGAAUCCCUGGCAGGAAUGCAACCUCAGGCUACUGAGGCAAAAAAAUAUAAAACUAGCCAGGAGAAGAAGCGGAGGAGGGACAGUUUACCAUGACUUAGGCAAUAUCAAUUUGACUUUCUUUACAACCAGAAAAAAAUAUGAACGAACAGAAAACCUGAAACUAGUUGUGAAGGCACUGAAAGCCUUGCGUCCCCAGUUAGAUGUACAUGUUACUGACAGAUAUGACAUCUUGCUAGACAGGCAAUACAAAAUCUCAGGUACUGCUGCAAAGCUGGGAAGGACCACUGCUUAUCACCACUGUACCUUACUCUGUAAUGCAGACAAGUUUGUUUUAUCGUCUGUGCUAAAGAGCCCUUAUAAAGGGCUAAAAAGCAAUGCCACUCCUAGCGUGCCUGCCUCAGUGAAAAAUCUCUUUGAAGAGGAUCCUAGUUUAACUUGUGAGAUGCUCCUGGAUGCCAUUGCUGAAGAGUAUGCUAAGCAACACCACAUAGAUCAUCGUAUCAUCUUAAUAAAUCCAGCUGAUGAGACUGUGCUUCCUGGAAUUAAUAAUAAAACUAAAGAACUACAAACCUGGGAAUGGGUGUAUGGAAAGACACCGAAGUUCAGCGUUAGCACCUGUUUUAACAUGGUCUAUAAGGAUUCUGUUCUUGACGUUAAAGUAGAUAUGGAUGUAAAGCACGGAAGGAUUGAAGUCUGUAACAUUGAUCUGCCGGAGCAGUGGCUGCCACCUGCGCUGUGCAGUGAACUGGUGAAGAGCCUUACUGGCAGUAAGUUUUGCCCAAAUGAAACCACUACACUAGCAACAACAUUGCUAAGGGUGUGUCCACAAGACGAUGAGUUGCACAGCAGAUGGAAUCUGCUGUGUGAGAAUAUGGUAAUGUUAAUGUGACUUGCCUUUUCAAAAUGUAAGCUAAAUUUCUGCUGCUAAGUUAAUUUAUUGAAAACAAAAUCAAAACAUUAAUUUCUACAAGAUUAAUUUUUCUCGUUUAUUAGUCAUUAAAGCUGUUUAAUCUUGUG